UAAGUGGUGAAGUCUCUUUCUAUAUCCCUAGGUAGGCUAACCAGAGCCAAACAGAGAGCAAAUUGUUUCACGGGAUUACGUUCGUUAGGGAAUUUAGGCAGCAGGUGUUGUUGAAAAGCACUUUUAUUUAUUUUUUACGUUGUUUGACGGUAUGGCAGAGGAUCUACUGAGCUCACUUGAAAAGUCGUUUCAGAACAUUCGAAAGGAAAUUCGAGACCCGUUGGAUGUCUUAAAGUUUGAGAAGAACCUGGAUUAUGCUCGUAAACUUUUUUGGGAAAACGGAGAAAACAGUCUUCUGAAAAUCGGUGAACCCUCGGCGUUGGCAAAACGGUUUAUGGCUUUACAGGGAGAAUUGAACGAAAUGCGUGCUGAACAGGAGAUGUAUCUUGACUACAAACAACAAGAAUUCCGGAAAAAAGAAGAGGAACGUUUAGAAGAAUGCAAUCACCAACUUCGUCAGCGUCGGCUAACAAAUGCACUUAACAAACAAGAGCAUGAAGAGGAACAUUCCACGGCGCGUAUACUGACACAGCAACGCUCGUUACAAUCGGAAAUCAGCAGCUCCCUUCUGUCAAUGGCCUCCAUUCUCAAGCAGAAUGCACUCUCAUUCACAAAUGCCCUUGUGCAGGACGCUCACGUUAUUCAGCGUACAGGCGAAACACUUGAAGGAAACCAGACAAAGUUGGAAACAACGAACGAACGUGUCAUGAAGUAUGUCCGUUCAAAGAAGCUUGGCUUCUGGAAACGACUAAGCAUGGUGCUGACGGCGGUAGUCGCGUUUAUCGUCAUGCUAUUUAUCAUUCAUUUUACGAAAUAAUUCCCUCUCCUGCCUCAAUGAGACUACGACCACCUUCAACCACCCACGCGAGCUUCUCGUACACACAACGCACACAGGUUACACAGUCGUCCUAUUUGUUGUCACACAAAAAAACUCGAACUAAAGAGCUCGUUCCAUUCUACAACCACUCGACCAGGGAUGUGACAAUUCAAGGCAGCUUCUUAUUAACUUACUCGGAUUGCUUUCUCUUGGCCAAACGCUUGCCGGUACCAAAGACCUUCUUGCCUCUGUUCUUGCGUUGCUUGCGUUGUUGACGAGAAGCCUUCUCAAUCUUGUUGGCUUGGCCAAUACGGACACGACGGUAGUGAGGCUCGAACUUGUUCAAGGCCUCGUUCGAGUCGUAGAUGAGAGCAAAGCCGGUAGUCUUUCCACCACCAAAUUGAGUGCGAAGACCAAAGGCUUGGACGUUCUCAACGCUGGCCUUGUACAUCUCGGCCAACUUCUCGCGCAAGUCGUCCUUGGAGAUGUUAGCCUUGCCAGGGUGCAAAAUGUCAACAACCUAAAUAUUCUGUCAGUACAGCUUCCUUCUUGUGUCUACUGUGCACUAAACCUACCAUUUGCUUGCGUUGAAGCAAGCGGUUAGUCAUGAACUUGCGAGUUCUGAUGGUCACUGCCUCACUCAUGUUGGUCUUGGUGAUGUUGAUGGAACCGGUUUGCAAAAUAUCCCGGAUGGAAAAAAUGCAGUCACAGUUUACUUGGUGUUUCAGCAAAAUUUAGGUUUAAGAUGAUCACGUGCCUGGCAUCAUUACUGGAUAUGAUGUCAUCCCCACCCUCUGGCUAUAUGGGUCCCCGAGAUGUCCAGGAACCUGUCAAAAACAAACCAAAACUCGACAAAAAUUC